AUGGAUUCUUCGUCUGGAAGAAGUCUGACAUCUUUCACGAGCGGAACAUCCGAUCCUGCGUCUUUGGAACCACGUGACGGUUCAACUCUGGACGACGCACCAUUUAUCCCGAACGCCUUGGACUUUGCGUACCGAGCUUUCUCGGCCGAGAGGGCCGUGAGAGUAUCGGUCCCGCCAGUGUUUGCAAAUGCGCAAGCUGUGGACAGCGCUUCAUUUGCCGGCCAAGGUGCAACCUUCGCUGUAUAUCGGCGUCGCAUCCCAUCCCAGAAGCUCCUAACAUCGCGUUCAGUCCUUGAUGGCUGGUCGGUAGAGAUAGAAGACAAACGCGAGCUGCCAGACAUAGUUGCCUACAAGGUACCUGUCAUUGAGUUUACGGACACAGGCGAAGCCACUCACACGUCCCGGCGUGCCAUAGACUCGGCAAUCACCGAACUAUAUUUCUCGGCCCACCGGCCAAUCCUGCAACACCCGAAUCUCGUGGACUUUCUUGGAUUGGCGUGGGGCACAAAUCCGUUUGAUUCUGUGCAGAAACUGCCGGUCAUCAUUGUCGAGUUUGCGGAAUGCGGGAACCUCUCGCAAUUGCAACAACGGGAGUAUCUCGGUAUAGAGACUCGGCGUAAGCUCUGCCUUGAUGUCUGCCAGGGCCUUCACAUGCUUCAUUCAUGCGGCAUUGUCCAUGGCGACAUCAAGGCAGAGAAUGUUUUAAUCUUUCCCGAUGAGAAGCAUAAGUACAAAGCCAAACUGAGCGAUUUUGGCUACUCCUUGGUUAUGGACACUAAGAAUAGUAGCCUCAUGCUGGGAGGAACCCGGCCUUGGAAGGCCCCCGAGGCAAAGACAGUAGUCAAGGUGUUGGACGUAAAGUAUACUGACGUAUACUCAUUAGCCCUACUCAUCUGGUGUACAUUUGCACAUGGCCGAAACAUCUUCAGGCUCCUUUCGGACACAUCCAAGCAUGGCGAAGAAUUCUAUGCGGAAGCCGAGAGAAUGAAAGAGGCCGGAGAACUGGUGGCCCAAACAGACCUUUCUACUUGGUACUGGAAAGCGAUUAUGUCUUCUCCUUAUGAUGGCUCCCUUCAAUUCCGUGACCAAUUUCUCUCUCUCCAACAGCGAUUGCAACAGAGCAACACACAGCCUGAAGAUGCUGCGGGUAACAUCGACGGCUUUGAAAGGAUUCUGUGUGCCAUUCCAAUCACACAGUUCCCAAUAUUGGAGCCGCUGAAGCAACAGUUUAUUGCAGUUGUACAGCGUUUUGGCUUAUACGCCGCGAUGCAAAAGGCUGUGACAAUUGGCUUAUCGAAUGAGCCAUGCCGGAGAAACCUUGACCAAAUCAUGGCCUCCCUUGGUCAUGAUGGUUCAGUCACUCAACAGUGUGCGGAUCCCGAUCUGCUAUUGAAAUCGAAUCUGAAUGAACGGUCAUUCCAGUGGCAUGACUGGACAAAGAUGGACCCAUCUGUUCAAAGGUACCUAACAACAAUAUAUGUUCAGAGAGGCGAGAAGAGACUUCAAGAGAACAUGUUGAACCCGCCCGAGGCUUUUCUUCUCACAAGUCUCUACAUCAACGGAUACGGUGUAGAUAAUGAUAUGUCGCGUGCUUCCAACUGGCUGUUCCUCGCCCUGAGAGAAGAUCAUCCACUUUCAGCGGCGUAUGGAUACCGGAUCGCGCAUGCGAUUGGGAUCACAUUUGAUAAAACAGAGCGCAUAGUUGAAUCGUUAAAGUUAAUGGCUCUGCGUGGUUCAAGAACUGCUCUCGAAGAUCUCGCCGUGGUAUCUAAGGACGACUACGACAAAACGAAGAAGAUUAUUCGCAACGGUCUCUCAGGCACAGGCGCGAAUCACUUUUCCGAAGAGGAAAUGCUUCACGGAUUCAGGUAUGGUAUGUGGAUAAAGACCUUUGAAAACAUCCCUGUCUUGCUCGAGAAUUUCUCUCGUCUGGAUCACAUCGCCGAUUACACAACGAAUAAGAGAGGCGACCGCAUCCUUCACAUGGCUGCCAGCUGUGGCCAGAUAGACGCUAUUGAGGCUCUGCUAAAUCGAUUUCCCUCACUUGCAAUUAAUCAACUCAAUGACCAGGGUGAGACGCCGCUUCUGUGCGCAUGCCGCGCCGGCCAAGUUCGCACGGCCUUGUGGCUCACCGCGCAUGGAGCAACCGCAUCAGUGGUAGCACAGAAUGGAGAGAGUGCACUUCACUGGCUGAUAUCCUUUGAUGAUGAAGAGGUGGAAAGAGUCGGCCCAGCAUUGAUUCGAGCUGGUGCGGAUACCAACGCGGAAACGACAGGCAUCAUAGCCUACCAAGGGGGCUUUCCGACGGACUUAGUUCCCGAUCGGCUCCCGAAGGGUUAUGCUAUCGGAUGGGCAACUCACUGUGACCGCCCUCAAAUCUGGCCUCAAGCAAACAGUGCGUUGAGAGUCGGUGCGUCACAGCUUCGUUCAGAGUGUUUAGAAUUGAUGAUGCAGGCCAUAGAGCAAUACAAUAUCGACCGAGGGAGACCAGGAUUCCGCAAUUUCAAUGUGACGGAACUCCUUGAGCAAGCCGUUUUUGGCAGCAGCCUGUUUGAUAUGAUUCUUUACCAUGGGCCGAAAUAUCAACAGGCAAUGGAAUCAACAUUCAGCUGUCUGCUGCCCAGGGCCAACAGGGUUGCCUACAUUGACGGCUAUGGCGGCUUCAAGCAAACGCUUCUCUAUUUCGCAGUUUCGCUGGCCCGAGAUGAAUUGGUUGAAUACCUUGUCAAACACGGAGCCGAAAUUACCACACCUAGAACAAACCAUGACAAAGAAGCCCUCAAAUCACAAGAUGCUGGUGCGUUCAAAACGACCGAUAUCAAUCGUCCAAGUGGUAUCGACAUGCGAACCCCGCUCCUAGAGGCGGUUCGAUGGAAUCGUCCCACACUGGUUCAUCUUCUCCUCGAGCAUGGGGCACAUGCCACGGACGCCUGCAAGAAUCCAUUCAGCGGGCAGGACUCAACGUGGACCGCUCUCCACAUCUUGGCUUAUGCAGGGCAAGAUGCUACACGGCUAGUCCAACCACUUCUAGAUCAUGGCGCCCUCCUCGACGGCCUCCCAGAUCAUUCCCGUACAACGGAAUCCCCGUUACUCAUCGCCGUGCAGAAUGACGCCUUCCAACUCGCCGAUAGCUUUAUAUUGCUUGGUGCCGACAUGAACUUCACUACCCUGAGCUGCGGUCACCUAACCUUAUCAAACCCCACAACCAUCAUUGGUCAUGUCAUCGCUUCCAAUGCGCGCAAUUCGAUCGCACGUCUCCGCUAUCUCCUCAGCAGCCCAACGAUGCGUGAUCGCCUGCAUUUCAUCGUGGAGCCAGACCGGCAGUGGACGGCAUUGCACCGUGCCGCAGCAGCUUAUAUCGAUGUCCAGUUCCGCGGGACGGAUGCGACCGAGGCGGCUGAAUUGGACUGGGCUGACGUCGAUUGGAGUGCGAACCGCGAGAUUUUGAAUGAGCUACUCAGGCAUUUCAAUGACCCCGAGCAGCUUAACCAUGUUGAGCAAAGCACAGGGCUAACGCCACUACACCUGGCGGUUCUUGCGGGGAACGAGGCUGCGGUGAGCUUGCUUCUUGACCAUGGUGCCCGCAGCGAUGUUCCGUUUGCUGGUGGCCGGGGUGCGACAGCCUCCAAUAUAGCUCUUGCAGUACAGAUGGGGGAGUUGUCUAUGACGGAAAAGUUUAGACGGGUGGGCAGGGAGGAGGCAGUGGCUCGGAAGCAAUGCAGCACUCUUCUGAAUCCGACAGCCCAAUCUGCAGGCCACGCGCAGUCCACCUAG